UAAUAAUUAAGUUUGUCAAAAAAAGAAAAAGAAAGACCAAAUCAAACAGCUAUAGAAGAAAACUCAAACACUAGCUGCUGCUUCUUAUUAUUCAUAGAUCUUUUCAACCUCCACGUCUUCUCGUUUUUGGGUUUUGCUAUUUGUUAAUUUGUUUGAAUUCUUUUUGUGGGUUUUAAGUUUUAGAUCGAGAAGUUGAGGAAUUAUUGGGUUUUGAAAACUCUCUGAGAUUUUUUUUUUGGUUCUUGUUUUGAAAAUUUUUAGUGGAUCGAGAAGUGGUUGGUUUAACUACUUUGAUAACGAGGUUUUGAAGGGAAAAUCUGGAUCUUGUAAAGCUGUUGAUUUGAUCGGGGAAAAAAAGGUUGUGGUUUCAGUUGUUUUAAUCGGAUAGAACUGAAACUCAAUCAGGGUUUUUCUUUGCAAUUGGAGAAAUAAGCUGUUUUGGGGCCAAUUGGGAAGCUGAGGUUUACUGGGUUUUAGGUUUUGGAAUCUGGGUCAUCAAGUUUUUUUGAGUUCGGUCUCAACUAGAUUGACUCAGUAAGGAAAGUAAAGCUUUCAAAGGGCAUUGUGGUUCUGAGGAAUUUGAGUAGAGAAUUGCCAUUUCAACCCGUUUUAGUGUGCUUUUCAACCAUUCAAGAUCGGGAAACCAUAGUUUGGUAGAAGCUAGCUAUUGUUGCAAUAAGGUUGAAUUAGUGCAUGUGAAUCUGGGUUGCUUGGAUGUGCAGCACUCAGUUUAAUUACACAGAUAGGUGUAUCACUGAAAGGUUUUAGCCAAAUAAGCUUCGAUUUUGGAAGAUGGGUUGUCAGUCCUCUAAACUCAUGCCAUGUUGCUCAAAUUCACAAGUGAAGGCAUCGGUUCUUGAAACUCCUGAUGUUGAGAAUGAGGAGAAGAGUGAGCUCAACCAGCUGCCUGCAUUCCGUGAGUUUACAUUUGAUCAACUUAAAAAUGCUACAUCUGGGUUUGCAGUGGAAAAUAUUGUAUCAGAGCAUGGAGAGAAAGCUCCGAAUGUUGUUUAUAAAGGGAAGCUGGAAAAUCAGACAAGAAUUGUUGUCAAACGCUUUAACAGGAUGGCUUGGCCUGAUGCCCGGCAAUUUAUGGAGGAAGCAAGAUCUGUUGGUCAGCUCCGCAACCAAAGAUUGGCAAAUCUCCUUGGUUGCUGUUGUGAAAGUGAUGAGCGAUUGCUUGUGGCAGAAUAUAUGCCUAAUGAAACUCUUGCAAAGCACCUUUUUCAUUGGGAAACACAACCUAUGAAAUGGGCAAUGCGACUAAGGGUUGUUCUUCAUCUUGCACAAGCUCUAGAAUACUGUACAAGCAAAGGGCGAGCCCUUUAUCAUGACCUUAAUGCUUACAGAAUUUUAUUUGAUGAGGAUGGUAAUUCUAGACUCUCAACCUUUGGCCUGAUGAAAAAUAGUAGGGAUGGAAAAAGUUAUAGCACAAAUCUAGCAUUCACUCCUCCUGAGUAUUUAAGAACCGGGAGAGUAACACCAGAAAGUGUAAUAUACAGCUUUGGUACUCUUUUGCUUGACCUUAUCAGUGGAAAGCAUAUUCCCCCCAGCCAUGCCCUUGACCUGAUUCGGGACAGGAAUCUUCAGAUGCUGACUGAUUCUUGCUUGGAAGGACAGUUUUCUGAUGAUGAUGGGACUGAGUUGGUAAGGUUGGCCUCCCGAUGUUUACAGUAUGAACCUCGAGAACGGCCUAAUCCAAAGUCGUUAGUGGCUGCUUUGACUCCACUUCAGAAGGAAACAGAGGUACCUUCUCAUGUCUUGAUGGGUAUUCCUCACAGUGCUUCAUUCUCUCCUCUGUCCCCACUUGGUGAGGCAUGCUCAAGAAGGGACUUGACUGCCAUCCAUGAGGUCUUGGAAAAUGUUGGAUAUAAAGAUGAUGAAGGAGUGGCAAAUGAGCUCUCUUUUCAAAUGUGGACCGACCAAAUGCAGGAAACAUUGAAUUCAAAGAAAAAGGGUGAUGCUGCUUUUCGUCAGAAAGAUUUUAGAGCUGCAAUAGAGAAUUAUACACAGUUUGUUGAUGGUGGAACCAUGGUUUCCCCAACAGUUUAUGCACGCCGUAGUUUGUCUUAUCUCAUGAGUGACAUGCCUCAGGAAGCACUCAAUGAUGCAAUGCAAGCUCAAGUUGUUUCCCCUGUGUGGCACAUUGCUUCUUAUCUCCAGUCUGCUGCCCUAUCUACACUUGAGAUGGAGAAUGAAGCACAGGCAGCACUUAAGGAGGGUACAAUUCUUGAAGCCAAGAGGAAUGCUACUGCUGGACAGAAGUGAAAUUUGAAGUGAAGAUUGUCAUUCUCACUCUCCCCAUUGUGGCAGUUCGCAGAUGAAGAUUGAUUACCACUGUUGUUGAUUGCAUGGUUUUCACUUCCAGACAAGGCACUCAUUCCAUAGGGCAGUCAUGUUCUAAAGAUAUAUGCUCUUGAGGGUGUCAUUGGAUUGAAACUUAGGACAAACAAUAUUUGGAUAGGUUUGGGUUUUGGCUUCUUUUUUUUUUUUUUUGGUGGGCUGGGAAUUUUUUGUUAUUCUGUUUACUAUUUCUUCAAUUGUGCAUUUUGCCUCUCCCUCCAUGAAAAUGGAAAAAGAAAAUGUGAAAAAUCAGUGGGAAGAGAUUUUACACAAGUUUGUAAUUUGUGUAUAGAUUGCAUGCCUGUUUUCUUCUUGCUUAUGUAAAAUCGUUGGGUUUUUGGAUUGUUUUAUUCUUUUAACUAUUGUGGAUGAUAUGAGAAUCAAGAUAUUACCAAAAGUAUUUGAUUGAUGGCUAUUAAAAGCAUCUGUGAAAGACA